UUUAUUUUGCUUUAUUAUGUUACCAAAUCUUCCUUUACAAAUGUCAUCGCUUUCCUAUAUAUUUUAUCUUCUCAUUCGAACCUUUUCUUUAAAUCACGAAAGGAAAGAACCCAUUUCUUGAAGUCCAUUGAUUUUGAGUAUAUUCGUCUCAAUUUUCAUCUUCACAAUGGAAGAAGCCAAUGUUGUUGAGGCAAAGGAUGGAACUAUUUCUGUUGCUUCUGCAUUUGCUGGCCAUCAGGAAGCUGUACAGGAUAGAGACCAUAAAUUCUUAACAAGAGCAGUGGAAGAAGCUUAUAAAGGGGUAGAGUGUGGACAUGGCGGACCAUUUGGUGCAGUAGUUGUUCGCAACGAUGAAAUUGUUGUGCGCUGUCACAACAUGGUUUUAGAAGGCAUGGACCCUACUGCACAUGCAGAGGUCACAGCAAUCAGAGAGGCAUGCAAAAAGCUCAACAAAAUUGAGCUCUCAGAUUGCGAGAUGUAUGCUUCUUGUGAGCCUUGCCCCAUGUGCUUUGGUGCAAUCCACCUUUCUAGAAUUAAGAGACUGGUUUAUGGUGCCAAAGCUGAAGCUGCCAUUGCCAUUGGGUUUGAUGAUUUUAUCGCUGAUGCCCUAAGAGGUACUGGUUUUUACCAAAAGGCACAUUUGGAGAUCAAGAGAGCAGAUGGUAAUGCAUCCCGUAUUGCAGAGCAAGUCUUCGAGAAAACAAAGGCCAAAUUUCCUAUCUACUGAGGAAAAUGUUGAAAUCUGUGAUCGCUGAUAUGGAUGCUUUGGAACGAUUCACGUUUGCUCAUAAAGUAGCUUCUAGCGUUCAUUGUUUCAAUGAUCUCUACAUUGUUGAACAAUGUCCACGGGAACUGCCGUUACCUUGUUAUUUCCUUAACAAGUGUUUAUAUUUAUAUUUGUUUCUUCCUCAAGUUCGAGAGUCCCAGUUCGUUGAUUUUUCAUUAUGUUAAAUUGUGAAAGGUGGAGAUAUUUAUGAUGAAUGUCCUUCACUCUGUGUUCAGUAGAUUGGUAUCCCGGAAAGGUCCGUGUGUAUGUGCUCAAUUUCCUUCAAGGUAUCCAGUUUUCAUGAUGAGAUAUGAGAUUCAGUCUUGAAACUUCAGGAGAUGACACUUCUGGAAAAUACAUAGAAAUGUAGCAACUAUUCCCAUUUUA